GAGGCGAUACCAUUGAAUGCUCGAGCUCGUUUGGGGACACUAGCUCCGGAUCCGAUGGUGAGGCCGGCGGGGGUGAACCAGAGGUGAAUUCUGUCAUCUCACCCGCCCAUGCCAAUGGUGGUUGGUCCUCAAAGCUGGCAAGGCGGUUCGGGACUGAUGUGUUCCAGUCUUUGAUUUUCAUGCUCCCACACUCCUGAUGAUAAAACGGAAGGCUGUAGCGGGCGUUCCAACUUUCGGCUGGUAUGCUAUUUUGUAAUUGUUACCCUUCCUGUCUGCGGAGGCAACAAUAAAAGUGGGAUCAGUGUACCUAAAACGGGAACAAAUGAUUCAGUAACGUAUUGCAGUGUCCUGUAUGCUUAGUAAUUAGUGCUUUGUCGUCAAAAUUUCCCUUUCAGGGUACAUUUCGUUCAUCAUUUGUAUAUGAAAUAUUAUAAUAGAAGGUGAUGAUAGUACCCGAUAGAUUAAUACUUGGGUAUUAUUUCUGCCCAACUCUUUCUAAGCAUAAUUGAAGCAGGUGGGUGAGGCAACAGACAAAAAUAUAUAUGUAUUCUAUCCUAAGAAAUGCCAUGCCACUUAUGCCAAGUAUGCCUACCACGAUCAGAAAAAAAACAAUUACCAGAUAGUCAUAUUGUCUUAUAUUUGUCUGCGUAGCUAUUUAAAAAGAUAAUUGAGCAGAUUGUAGCUUCUUUAAAAACACUGUAAAAUUGUAGUGUUCUUUAUUCCACCAGGACUUUGAUUUCAACAACCAGAUCGAUUAAUUCCAUGAUAUAUCAGCACAGGUUCAUGGGAAAGAUUGACACAUAAAGCGCCAAUAUCCUAUUUUCCUUCUGUUUAGAUAGAAAAUCCUUCGGUUAGUGUCAUCAUCUUUUCCUCCUUUUUUGGGAGGCAAAAGUUCACCUAGAUAAUUUACUAAAUAAAUACGCUAAGCAUGACAGUCCGAAUACAUAAGAAGUUCUAGACUGGGAUUCAAACCCAUGAAUAGAUAUCGCGUCUGGUUGGAACAAUCAUUGAUGCUGUUUAUCUUUAAUGCUGUAGACCAUUAUAGAUUCCUUUUUUGUGCAUGUCAGGAAACACUAUUCAUCGUGUUUCAUGCCUAUUGCUUUUCUUUGAGAUUAUUCUUGUCUUUGGUGCAUGCUUAUUUCUGAUAUUCAUGCUUUAAAACUUUGUGUUGUCAUGAACAAGUAAACCGAUAGUUGAGCUACACUUACGAGUGCUUCAAAGUUUCAGCUUACCUUUCAUUUUAUGUUGUUGCUAGAAUAAUUGGGCAAGCAGCUACUUGUUAUAUUCUUCAUAAUGUAAAAUUUUGUUAUUCUCAUAUGCCUCUUCUUUUUGGGGGACAAAUUUUCUGAUAUGGGAUUGCCCUUCAGAAGGAAAAAGGUGACAUCUGAGUGGAGGAGUUCUGUUCGUCCAGUUCUGUGGAGAUGUCAGUGGUUAGAGUUGCGUAUGAAGGAGCUGUUGUCUCAAGUAUCAAAGUAUGACAGGGAGCUUGCUCUAAUCAAGAAAGAAAAGGAACUACAACAGGCAGUAAGCAAAGCAAAUGGUUCUAUGUCAGAACCGGUGCAGAUUCACAAAGGCCAUGGGAACAGUAUCAUGAAAAGGAGAAAGAGGAAGAGACAUGAACAAAAUGUGGAUGCGUCCUUGUACAUCAACAAGCACGAGAUAUUAUCGUACUACAAUGAUAAAAAAAAUAAGGGAGCUGAAACUGGUGAUCUCUUUGUUGAUGACGAUUGUGGCGGUACAGAUGAUGGCACUAUCAGAGUUGGGCUUGACACUGUUACAUUGCUCGAUUCCGAGAAUUAUGAUGUGAUUUUUGAGCAACUUACUUUAAAGGACACUCUCAUGACAAUUGAUGGGCUCCAGUCUAGAGUUAAUCUGCUGCAAGAUCUUCUCAGCAAGGCUCAUUCUGGAGGAGAAAGUUUGGUACUUUCUGAGGAAAAUUCUCAUGUCAGGGUGCCUCGGAAGAGGCAACAUACUCAAAAGCGCACAUUCUCUUUUACCAAGUGUCGAUAUACUAAACCACAGAAAAUGAAGAAUCUAAACAUUUUGCUGAAGGAUGAUGAUGGGCCAGCUGUUGUAGGCAGACCUGCUUUGGUUGACAGGCAAAUUGAUGCUCAUAUAAAAGAUGCAAAUAGAAGUGGAGAGUGCAAUCACUCGAGGGAAAAAGCAGGCACAGUGGACCUACUCUUGGGUACUGACAAUUACAUACCAAAUGGUCAUAUUGGGGAUUUAUACAAAGAAAACAUUGAUGAUAUCCUCAUAGACAAUCAAGCAGCCAAUGAAGCGUUUCAGCGGUUUGGUAAGGCCAACCAUCUGCCUUCUGGAACUUUGUCCAAAGGCCGUAACAUUUCUGGUCCUGCAGAAAUUAAGAACUUUUGUGCUCCAGCGGCUCCAGUGGUGGAGCCUGUCUCCCGUCAGAGCAAGCAGGAGCUGGAUCUUAUGAAGAGGAGGGAGAAAGGCUCUGUUUUUACCAAGAAGCAGAGGAAAGAUGCCUCCAAAACACCUGCAGCAGAGGAGAAAACUGAGCGCACGCCCUCAGCUGCAAAGAAGAAGACUGGGGGCACACCCUCUGCUGCGGCAGUGGAGAGAACUGAGAGCACACCCUCUGGUGUAACAGGGAGGGGAACCAUGACCGCUCGCUCAGCUGGGGAGAAGCGCAAAACUGGAAAUGAACCUGUGAAGACAUGAAGAAGUGUGAAUCUGGGAGCAAAUCUGCAGCAUCGAAGAAGCAGGAAGCUGAGAAGCCAUCCUCAGCAGCAAAGAAGCUGAAAACUGAGAACCCAUCCUCAGCAGCAAAUAAGCGGAAAACUGAAAACCCUUCUUCAGCUACAAAGGAGACUGAAAACUUGCUCUUGGCAACAAAGGAGACUGAAAGCGCCCCCUUGAAUCUGAAGAUUGAGAAGGCUGUGCUGGUGGCUGUAAAUAGUAGGAGGAGCCAAAGGGUCCGAAAGCCCAAAGUUGUGGGUGAGCAGACAGACCUCUCUUAGGGUCUGUGUGAUUUGUAGGUAUAUCCUGUCGUCCGGUGGCCCAUAUCAACAUGGAUCGCCAUGUAUGUUAGUGUACAUAUCAGCUUGUCUCGUAAAAACAAAUCUCACCCAAAAGUGUUGGUUGGUGGUUCUUCUUUUCUGGGUACCGAACUAACAUUGUCAUGUGUCACCUAGAUCCAAAGUGAAAAAAAGCUGAAAAUCAUGCCAUGUAAUGGAACUUGGUUUGCCGAUCUCUUUGCUUUCA